AUGAUGGGCAGUGCCCGGGGCUGCGCUCUACUGCACCUCAACGAAGACAACGGGCGCUUCGCGCUGCUCGCCGCCCUCAUCGUGGCUUACCUGGUGUGCGGGGCCGCCGUCUUCUCGGCCAUCGAGCGGCCCACCGAACUGCAGGCUCGGGCCAAGUGGAACCGGACCCUCCGCCACUUCGCCGACAAGUUCGACAUUGCCGCCGGGGAGCUGAGCGCCUUCCUGCGGGAGUACGAGGCGGCGAUCGCCGCUGGGAUCCACGCUGACACCCUGAGACCCAGGUGGGACUUCACCGGAGCCUUCUACUUCGUAGGGACGGUGGUGUCCACCAUCGGUUUUGGCAUGACGACUCCAGCAACCAUGGCAGGAAAAGUGUUUCUGAUAUUUUACGGCCUUCUUGGAUGUGCAGGAACCAUUUUGUUUUUUAACCUCUUCCUGGAGCGGACCAUUACCCUGCUGGCUUUCAUCAUGAAGGCGUGCCACCAGAGGCAGCUGAGGAGUAAAGACCUGCUCCCUCCCAUGAUUCGCCGGCAAUCAGCUGUAACGGACAUGGCUAGCUUGACUGGAUGGAAGCCAUCUGUGUACUACAUUAUGCUGAUCCUUGGCAUUGCAGCCAUUAUAAUCUCCUGCUGUGCAUCGGCAAUGUACACACCAGUGGAAGGAUGGAAUUAUGCUGACUCCUUGUACUUCUGCUUUGUCACCUUCAGUACUAUUGGCUUUGGGGAUCUGGUCAGCAGUCAGAACGCAGCCUAUACAAAUCAGGGAUUGUACAGAUUUGGUAAUUUUGUAUUCAUACUCUUGGGGGUGUGCUGCAUCUAUUCACUCUUCAAUGUCAUCUCCAUUGUGAUCAAACAGUUCCUCAACUGGCUAUUGAAGAAACUGGAGUGUAGAUGCUGUCCAAGGUGUCGGAGAGGAAAGAUGCGGACUGGACGGCGGAAUGCCAUCACCCCGGGACAAUCUCGCAUUCGUAGAAACCAGGUCUUUGCAGAUGCCGAGGGGCCAUGUGACAGUGAUGGGGAGGGACGGAGGCUCUCUGGAGAAAUGAUCUCCAUGAAGGACCUCACUGCCUCCAACAAGGUGUCACUUGCCAUCCUGCAGAAGCAGCUGUCAGAAACUGCCAAUGGUCACCCUCGGACAGUGUGUGUCAACACAAGGCAGAACGGCUUCUCAGGUGGGGUGGGUGCUUUAGCCAUUAUGAAUAACAGGUUGGCGGAAACCAGUGAAAGUAGGUAA